ACUGACUGAGGUAUCCGACGCCGCAGCUGCAUGCUCCGUAUCCCGCCAAUCGCCCUCCAGCCCCCUCCCCUCGCUCUCCCUGCUCCCCUCCUACUGGGCCCUACGGGGUCACUCCGCACUCGGCGCACCCGGGCUGACCUCCUUCGCCGACGGCCGCGCACGCAAAGUCACGGACCGUCUGGCGGCGGCGGCCGUACAACUCGGUACGGCAGGGUCGCUGCGCGCCGCCGCCGCCGCCACCAAAUGGCUCCAGGGUGGGCUCAAGCUGGCGACGGCGUCGUACGGCGCCGUCAUGGCGGCGCCGCCGGGGUACGGCAGUGGCGGCGGUGACGGCGCCGCCGUCACGGCGGCGGAAGCGGAGGAGCUGCGGCGGCGUGUGUUGGAGAUGCCGGGAGGAGAAGUUGGGGGAGGCGUUGGUGCGAGUGC